CCUACAGCCCGUACUACAAAUUUAAAUUUACUCUCAAGUUCAUUCAGCAUGCCUCGGAAACCCAAGUUCAUUCCAGGGCCUUCUCGCCUAUCUGUCAUACUGAAGCAGUUGAAUGAGGAACCAAGGCUAUCCUUGGCCGGUCUGCGGGGGAUAAGCUUGAAGCUGGCUGCAAGAAACGAUCAUUUCGGGGCACGGCAUUUUGUGAAGGAGGAGCUCAGGCGCAUACGCUAUGCUAACCCACAACUCAACGUGGAAAUCAACAAACUUCCAAAAUCUCUACAAGACAAUUGGACACCUGAGAUGGUCAUCGAGUUCGAGGACGGAGCCAAGACCACCAUCGACAUUUCAAAUAAAUGGUCCACGUCCAUUACCAAGGAACUAAUGGAUCUUGCUGGCGGUGACCUAUGGAAAGAGCACAAGGCCGCUGCUCAAGCUGCUGGUCUCCCCAUUCUUCCAGGCGAGGAGAAGGAACGCUUAGCAGCAACUAAGAAACGGACACCGAAAUUGAGCACGCGUAGCCCAGAGAAUCUGGAAGCCAUGGUGGAAAAUAUGUUAUCAUCACCUGAGCGUCCAAAGACUGGAGCUGCUGCCAUACUACCAUAACUUCAUAGUACUUUUUCACUCCAGCUAAUAGGCAUACGCAUGUGUUACUCAAAAAUGAUCCCAAACUCAUAAUACUGGCGGGAUUUACAUGAACCGAUCAUCCAGCAAACCACCCAGCGAUCAACACAACCAUCCCAAUUCCAAAUACGACUGCCGACAGAUCAUCAAGAAUGGCGCUACCCAUCCGGAUAUAGCGCAAGCCAUUCGUGAUGAUGGAUGGGAAUGGAGGGGGCAAAUGAGGCAGAGCUAGCGCCAACAAAACCGGGGGCUGCACUUGGUUCUGUGCAAGUAUAAUCAGCACAAUGCAUUCGCAACCUGAAGAAACUUACAUUGCCCGUGGAUAUGCGUAUUG